ACCCUGCAUUCACUAUAUCCAGUCUCCCCGAACCCUGCAUUCACUAUAUCCGGUCUCCCCGGACUCUGCAUUCACUAUAUCCGGUCUCCCCGGACCCCGCAUUCACUAUAUCCGCUCUCCCCGGACCCCGCAUUCACUAUAUCUGCUCUCCCCGGACCCUGCAUUCACUAUAUCCGGUCUCCCCGGACCCCGCAUUCACUAUAUCUGCUCUCCCCGGACCCUGCAUUCACUAUAUCCGGUCUCCCCGGACCCUGCAUUCUCUAUAUCCGGUCUCCCCGGACCCCGCAUUCACUAUAUCCGGUCUCCCCGGAUCCCGCAUUCACUAUAUCCGGUCUCCCCGGACCCCGCAUUCACUAUAUCUGGUCUCCCCGGACCCUGCAUUCACUAUAUCCGGUCUCCCCGGACCCUGCAUUCACUAUAUCUGGUCUCCCCAGACCCUGCAUUCGCUAUAUCCGCUCUCCCCGGACCCUGCAUUCACUAUAUCCGGUCUCC